ACUGAGCGCUCACUACAAGCGGGCUCUGGGCUAGGCGCGCCACCCGUGCAAGUCCCCGGGGAGCGGCGGUGCACCCUCCGUCCCGCGCGCUCGCAGCCAUUGUAGGGAGGGCGCUCGCCAGGCAGGGUGCCGACACGCCCUCUCUGCGCUGCGACGGGCGGCCGGGGGAGGAGAGGGUGCGCUGUGCGCACCGGAGGGAGAGGCUCCGGCCCAGCGCCGCCAGCCAGGCAGACCAGCAGGCUUCUCUUUGCGGCGGCUGCCCCACGCGCCUCUCGGGCGCGCGCUUCCAGCCCCGCCCGCGUGCGGCGGCCGCACGGCCGCGAGAGCGCGCCCCCGCUUGGCGGACGCACGGCCGCGAGAGCGCGUGCGCCCCUCCGAACGUCCCCGGGAGCCCAGCCAGAGCGAGCGCCGGGGCCGGGCGCGCAGGAGUGAAAAGGAGGCGGCGGCCGCAGCUGCGAGCAACAGAUCCGGACGCCGCGAGCUGACCCGCUCUGCUGUUGGGCGAUUUUUUUUUAAUUGGAGAAAAAUUUAUUAAAUUGGAAAAUCUUGCGUUUUUCAAUGGCGCUGGCCCCGGGUCAGCGGGCGAUUUUCUCUGCAUCAAGAUGGGAUUUGCCGUUUCCGUAGUGGGCACCAGUGGUGGCCUGAUUGUCAGUCUUCUCCCGGUAUUUUUAAGGCCAGGAGCCGAGCGCUGCUUGUAGGCGAAUACCCUACAGAGCGAUUUGGCUUUUUAAAUUACUGUUAUUAUUUUGGGCAGAGAACAGUCGGUCUGGUGCACCCCGUCCUCGCUGCAGAAGAGGCUGCGAGUCCGAGGUGGGUCUCUCGGAAGGUGAAAUUCCUUCUGGGGUGAGCGAGCCCCGGCCCCGCGCGCAGUCCAGCGGCCCCGCGUGUGUGCCCUCGCCCUGCCGGAGCCGGGAAAAUGGAGGCUGUGAUUGAGAAGGAAUGCAGCGCGCUCGGAGGCCUCUUCCAGACCAUCAUCAGCGACAUGAAGGGGAGCUAUCCAGUUUGGGAAGAUUUCAUAAACAAAGCAGGAAAGCUGCAGUCCCAGCUUCGGACAACAGUAGUAGCAGCAGCUGCCUUCUUGGAUGCCUUUCAGAAAGUGGCUGACAUGGCCACCAACACACGUGGUGGGACCAGGGAGAUUGGAUCUGCUCUCACCAGGAUGUGCAUGAGGCACAGAAGCAUUGAAGCCAAGCUGAGGCAGUUUUCGAGCGCUUUAAUUGAUUGUCUGAUAAACCCACUUCAAGAACAGAUGGAAGAAUGGAAGAAAGUGGCCAACCAGCUGGAUAAAGACCAUGCAAAAGAAUAUAAGAAAGCCCGCCAAGAGAUAAAAAAGAAGUCCUCGGAUACGCUGAAACUGCAGAAGAAAGCAAAAAAAGGGAGAGGUGAUAUCCAGCCUCAGUUGGACAGUGCUCUCCAAGAUGUCAAUGAUAAGUAUCUCUUAUUGGAAGAAACAGAAAAGCAGGCUGUCCGAAAGGCUUUGAUUGAAGAACGUGGCCGAUUCUGCACCUUCAUCUCUAUGCUGCGGCCAGUGAUUGAAGAAGAAAUCUCAAUGCUAGGGGAAAUAACCCACCUUCAGACCAUCUCGGAAGAUCUAAAAAGCCUGACCAUGGACCCUCACAAACUGCCCUCCUCAAGUGAACAGGUGAUUCUGGACUUGAAAGGUUCUGAUUACAGCUGGUCGUAUCAGACGCCACCCUCUUCCCCCAGCACCACCAUGUCCAGAAAGUCCAGUGUCUGCAGCAGCCUGAACAGUGUCAACAGCAGUGACUCCCGGUCCAGCGGCUCCCACUCGCAUUCCCCCAGCUCACAUUACCGCUACCGCAGCUCCAACCUGGCCCAGCAGGCUCCUGUGAGGCUGUCCAGCGUGUCCUCCCACGACUCAGGAUUCAUAUCCCAGGAUGCCUUCCAGUCCAAGUCACCAUCCCCCAUGCCGCCAGAGGCCCCCAACCAGUUGUCUAACGGGUUUUCUCACUAUAGUUUAUCAAGUGAGUCCCACGUGGGGCCCACGGGUGCAGGCCUUUUCCCUCAUUGCCUGCCUGCCUCCCGCCUGCUCCCUCGGGUCACCUCUGUCCACCUUCCAGACUACGCUCAUUAUUACACCAUUGGGCCCGGCAUGUUCCCGUCAUCUCAGAUCCCUAGCUGGAAGGACUGGGCUAAGCCUGGGCCCUAUGACCAGCCUCUGGUGAACACCCUGCAGCGCCGCAAAGAGAAGCGAGAACCGGACCCCAACGGGGGAGGACCCACUACCGCCAGCGGCCCACCUGCAACAGCUGAGGAGGCUCAGAGACCACGGAGCAUGACUGUGUCGGCUGCCACCAGGCCUGGUGAGGAGAUGGAGGCUUGUGAGGAGCUGGCCCUGGCCCUGUCUCGGGGCCUGCAGCUGGACACCCAGAGGAGCAGCCGGGACUCGCUUCAGUGCUCCAGCGGCUACAGCACCCAGACAACCACCCCCUGCUGCUCUGAGGACACCAUCCCUUCCCAAGUUUCAGAUUAUGAUUAUUUCUCUGUAAGUGGUGACCAGGAGGCAGAUCAGCAGGAGUUUGACAAGUCCUCCACCAUUCCAAGAAACAGCGACAUCAGCCAGUCCUACCGACGGAUGUUCCAAGCCAAGCGUCCAGCCUCAACUGCUGGCCUCCCCACCACCCUGGGACCUGCUAUGGUCACUCCAGGGGUUGCAACUAUCCGACGGACCCCUUCCACCAAGCCUUCUGUCCGCCGCGGAACCAUUGGAGCUGGUCCCAUCCCCAUCAAGACACCCGUGAUCCCUGUCAAGACCCCAACCGUCCCAGACCUCCCAGGGGUGUUGCCAGCCCCUCCAGAUGGGCCAGAAGAGCGGGGGGAGCACAGCCCUGAGUCGCCAUCUGUGGGUGAGGGCCCCCAAGGUGUCACCAGCAUGCCCUCCUCAAUGUGGAGUGGCCAAGCUUCCGUUAACCCUCCACUUCCAGGCCCGAAGCCCAGUAUCCCUGAGGAGCACAGACAGGCAAUUCCAGAAAGCGAAGCUGAAGACCAGGAACAGGAACCCCCAAGUGCCACUGUCUCCCCAGGCCAGAUUCCAGAGAGUGACCCUGCAGACCUGAGCCCAAGGGAUACUCCACAAGGAGAAGACAUGCUGAACGCCAUCCGAAGGGGCGUGAAACUGAAGAAGACCACGACAAACGAUCGCUCGGCCCCUCGCUUCUCUUAGGCUCACAAGAAAUGCGCCGGUGGGGAAUGAACUGUUUCAUUAAUAAAACCUAAUUUGUCUUGAUCCAUUCCAAUCUAUAAUAAAACAAAAGAUUUUGUAGGCAACUCGGAAUAUAGCUCUUUUGAAAGUACUCGACACCUUUAGAUUAAGAAUUAAAACCAACCUAUGUAACUGACAUAAUCUUGAUCUUUUAAUUUGUAAAUAUUGACAAUUUUCUUUCUGCACAUUUUAAUCUUAGUUUCCCUUUUGAUUUUUCUGAAGGUGCCAAAUUCCAUUUAACUUUUUUACAAGUCUUUGUAAAAUUUUAAAUGCAUAAGGGGGUUGGGGCAGGGGAACCACGAAGUAGUUAAUUUUAGAAAAGGAUUUACUAUACUUCACUCUUCUUUUUUUUUCCCUACAAGCUUUUGUAGAUGCAUUGUAGUAGUCUAGCUUAGAAGCAAAUGCAAGUUAUUUUAAUGUACAAACUAAAUGGGUAAGAGGUAAAAUCUUCAUUUAAAUAUACUAUGUUCUGGAUGAAAAGAGCAGGAGUAACAAUUGAUGAGCAAUAUUCAGAGUGAAGUAAAUCUGGAAAUGGUAGACUGUGUUGGGAUUGGGGGGAGGGCCAUGGGAGGGGUACAUCGUCAACAUAGCCGAUCCUGUUACAUUUAAGAGUAGCCUCGUAGGUUGAAUUUCUUCUGGUAGCUUCAUGGUAAAUGCAUCCGAAUAAGCCAUACUGGAUUGCAGUGUUUGUUUCUGUAGGGUGUUUAAGGACUUCCUUUCUCCCACGAUUCCUCUGGACUGCACACAGCACCCACAACCAGCCCCAUGCAUGCUGCUGCCUCUGGGCAGUCGUAGAAUCUCCCACUUCAGUUUCUCGUUGAUUGUACUCACCUUUAUGGAAUCCAAAUACAUCCAAAAGGGUAAGGCAGUUUUAAAAAUGUGAAAACAUUUAAAAAUGAUAGCAGGGAAUUCUUAGAUUAUAGUAAAUGCCUUUUACUUAACUGUGCCCAGCAGGCUGGGUGCGUUAAAAAGCCCAAAUAUUUUGAAAAAACUCGAACAGAUUUGACAAGGGUAGCCAGCUUGGAGUCUAGCAACUUGCCAAUGUAUUUACCAAUCUGGGGGCUUGUUUUUCUUUUCUUCUUUCAAAUAAAUGGCAGUUAACUGGCUUCACAGUAAACACUGAAGAGAGGAGGAUUUGUUUAUUGUCACUGGGAAUCUGACCACUAUACUGUCCUUUUUUUGUAUUCUGGGUAAUGUUUUUUGGAAAGGAUUUGUCUUUUCUAAGUGGAAGUUAAAUUUGUUAUACUGCCCAUCCCCUAAAGCCAACAGAGAUUUGUAGAUUUAAAGGGAUCACAUUUGAAGACAAUAGUGUUUAAGAAAGCAAGCAAGUCCCUUAGCAGUCAGGUCAUAACAGGGCACAUUUCUGACCGAACCCUCUCAAGGCAGAGGAGGAGUUUGGUGGGUCUCAUACACCCUGCAGAUUCCUGUUGGCUCUAACCCUCAAUUACCUAAUCUUAUGCUUUAACACAUAACUGCAUUGGAUGUGAGAGUAACGUACCGUAUGGUCAUUGUUCUAUAUAUUAACAUUGAACACUGCUGCGAUUGCUCAAGGACAUUUUAUGUUACGGCUUUAAAGCAAAGGCAUGAUUAUUAGAAACUAAGCUUUUUUCUUUGAAAAACAAGCUCCUUUUACAGAAUAUAAACAACAGUAGUGCCUGUGGUUUAGCCCACCAAUCUUGAUGACUAAAAGUAGCUGAUGCAUUGUGCAUAUGAUGCUUGAGAUGGUUUUUGCAAAAGCAGAAAUCGCUGCAAGGUAAUCACAAUAGAUAAAAGUGGUAUUUUAAACCUUUGAAAUAAAUGGAUGUAACUGUACCUUGGUACAGCUUUUCACUUGUUUAGUUUUUAAACGUUAGCAUAAUCUGAAUAAAUAAAAUGUUGCCAAAUUCAAUGUAGAAAGAAUGUGACAACACACCUUGGGUAGUUCUGCUUGCGUUUUUGCAUAUUGUAAAAGCAGUGUCACAGCUAAAAAUAAAGAAAUCGUUUCUAACAGUAAAUUAUUGUGCUUUAGUUGCUAGUUUGUACUGAGAGUUGACCUCUCCCUGUGCAGUUUUUUGUUCUAAACUUGUAUAAAUAACAAUUGUGUAAUGUGUCUCCCUCCUACAUUGUAACAAUUGCUUCAGCCUACGUUAUAAAUAAAGAACCACUAGAUUAAAAAA